UACUGAGUGUAAAAAUAUGCUUAGGUUUGGGAACUAGGAAAUCAAUCAUAGUUUGGAUUCAUUGGCACACUGCAAGACUCAGCUAUGGAAUUCUCUGCAUGAUUCCAUUAUAAGGAAAUACAGGAAAAAGACAAAAGAACCAAGGAAAUACUAUUUGGAAAAGAAGUAUUUUCUGUUGUUGAUCUGCUAGCUCCUGAGAUCAGCAAAAGAGAGGCAACCAGAAGAAACCAUGGGAGAUCACUGCCUUCGGAAGGCAGGAAUCAUCCUUUGUUGAAAGGCAAGAAUAUAAUCUGCCCUGGGAACACUGACUCCCCUAUAGUACUCUCUCAUCUGUCCAACCUUUAAGAGAGAGAAGCUGCUCACUCCUUAGAACAUCUACUUAACCAUCUGUUGUUGUAGAAACCCACUGAGAAUCGCCCAUCAACUUACACAGAAAGUUGUUCUGGAGUCCUAAGAAUAAGGGGGACAGUUCACACAAGAGAAGGAGAAGAGGAGGAGACUGACCUCAGAUUAGGCUAACCCAGGUCCAGAACAAAAUGACUACCAGAGAAGGAACACAGUCGGGCUUUGGCCUGCGGUUUCAUGCGGAGCUUGAGCAAGGGGUCCAUCGGCACAUUAAAACGGAGGAAGAGGAUCCAUCAUAUCCUCUGCCAGGGAUGGGAUGGGAGCAAGCUCCCCACAUCACCCAGGUGGGGAGUAUCCGGGAGUUCUUGGAAAUGCCACGUAUGGAUCAGGAAACUGAAGACAGGCUACAGCAGUGCUGGGAAACCCAGUGGCAGGAGUUUCUGACCACACUGGAAUACCCUCCCUUGCAGUUGGAUCCACAUCUGGUCUUGGAAGGCUCCACACCGUGGGACAACGCCAAAGCCUUCCUGGCCUCUUUUGAGCAAGUGGCUGAGGCCUGCCGGUGGCCCCGAGAAGACUGGAUGGCCCGCCUCCUACCAGCCCUCAGUGGGGAAGCUGAACAGAUAUUCAGCAACCUAGAUCCCCGAGAACGGGUUGACUAUGACAGGGUGAAGGCGGCCAUCUUGCGAGGGGAUGCCAUCGCCCGGGAGAGGCAACGCCAGAAUUUCCGGUGUUUUUGCUACCAAGAGGACCAGGGACCCCGAAGGGUCUAUAGCCAACUCCAGAAGUUCUGCCAACAGUGGCUGAAAGUGGAUAAGUCCACCAAGGAGCAGAUCCUGGAACUGGUGGUCCUGGAGCAAUUCCUGGCCAUCCUGCCCCUGGAGAUGCAGAGUUGGGUGAGGGAGCACGGCCCGGAAACCUCCUCCCAGGCGGUGGCCUUGGCCGAGGAUUUUCUGCUGAGACAGCAAGGGGAUGAGAAUUGGGAAGAAGAAGAGGAUCUGGGACCUGUUGAGGAGGUGGCUCUCUAUUUCUCUGAGGAGGAGGAAUCUACAUCAAACAGCCAACAGAAACAAGGCCUCAGAGAGAACAGCCAGCUCAGUGAUGGCGGCGCUAGCUCUCUGGAAGGUGAAGAUGGCUGGACGACUGACAAUGAAGAGGAGCCAUCCCAGGCAGAAGGUUUAGCUCCAGUCUAUCGAAACAGGUUCCCAAGGUUUGGGCCUCCAGAAGACAAGAUUUCCAAUUCUGAUGAGCAGGAAGAGACUUCUGAAGGUUUGCACCAAACAGAGAGAGAAAAGGAAAAUAAACUACCAGAGAAAGCCGAAAUGUCUGUCCUUUGGGAGGGAGAUGAAACCCUUCAUGAAGCUAGAACACUACAGAGCAUCCAGAAAGAGAAGAGAAAAGAUGUAUGGAAGGUUGAUGGAUGGAACUUCAGGGAGAGGUCUGCCGUUAUUAAAUGUGAAACAAACAACAUGUAUAAAUGCUCUGAUGGUGGUCAGAGCUUCAGUGUGAUUUCUCAUAAUGUAAAUAAUGGAGAAGAGAAGCCAUACAGAUGCUCAGAGUGUGGGAAGGCCUUUAUUGCCAAAGCACACCUUAUUAUUCAUCAAAGAAUCCAUACUGGAGAGAAGCCGUUUAAAUGUUUGGCCUGUGGGAAGACUUUUGCUCAGCGUUCUAACCUUACCGUCCAUCAAAGAAUUCAUACGGGAGCGAAGCCGUUCCAGUGUUCUGACUGCGGGAAGGGUUUCUGUUCUAGCACCAACCUUACCAAACAUCAGAGCCUCCAUGUUCAGGGGAACCCCUAUACAUGCUUAGAUUGUGAGAAAACCUUCAAAAUACAGUCUCAUUUUAUUGCUCAUAAGAAGAUGCAUGCAAAGAAAAGAACACAUAAAUGUUCACACUGUGGUAAAUGUUUCCCUGCUGCCUCACAGCUGAUAAUUCAUCAGCGAAUUCACACUGGAGAGAAACCUUUCAAAUGCUUGGAAUGUGGGAAAAGAUUCAUUCAGAAUGCUCACCUUAGCGUUCAUAAGCAAAUUCACAAAAGAGUAAAGUCAUUCAAGUGUUCCAGCUGUGGAGAAAGCUUUGGUUCAAGGGUGACUCUUAUACAACAUCAAAGAAGUCACAAAGGAGAGAAUCCUUAUCAGUGCUCUGAGUGUGGGAAAACCUUCAGAAUGAAUGCCCAUCUCACUGCUCAUAAGAGGAACCACAUUGCGAGGAAAUCAAAUAAGUGCUCAUACUGUGGAAAGUCUUUCUUUACUAAAUCCUACCUUAUCAUCCACCAGAGGAUCCACACUGGAGAGAGACCAUAUAAAUGCCUGACCUGUGGGAAAGGCUUCAGCCAGAGUUCACACCUGAAUGCCCACAAACGAACACACACGAGACAAAGUUACAGUUCUACCACAGACCCUAUUAAACAUCAAAGGAUUCACAAAGAAGAGGACUCGUAUAUAUGUACUGAGUGUGGGAAGAGCUUCAAAGUGCAUUAUCACCUUAUUGCUCACAAAAGAAUCCAUGAAACAAAGAAGUCACAUAAGUGUUCGUAUUGUGGGAAAGCCUUCAUUGCUAAAUCGUACCUUAUCGUCCAUCUGAGAAUUCACACUGGAGAAAGACCAUUCAAAUGCCUAACCUGUGGGAAGAGAUUCAUCCAGAGUGCACACCUUACAGUUCAUGAAAGAACCCACACCAGAAAAAAGCCAUUUCAGUGUUCAGACUGCGGGAAAAGCUUCCGAGUGAGGUCCCGCCUUAUCUCACACAAAAGAAUCCAUGAAACAAAGAAACCGCAGAAACCCCAUACGUGUUCCUACUGCAAUAAAUCUUUUGUUUUUAGAUCUUACCUUAUCAUACAUGAGAGGAUGCACACAGGUGAGAGACCUUUCAAAUGUUUUGUCUGUGGCAAAAGCUUUACUCAGAGGUCACACCUGAAUGUUCAUCAAAGAACUCAUGUGAGAAAGAAGCCAUUCCAGUGCUCUGAAUGCGGGAAAAGCUUUCGAGUGAACUCUCAGCUUAUUGCCCACAAAAAAAUCCACGCAGAAAACGAUCCAAAUAAUAAUAAAUGCUUGGACUGUGGAAAGACUUUCAUUUCCAAAUCAUACCUUAUCAUCCAUCAAAGAAUCCACACAGGGGAGAGACCCUACAAAUGUACAGUCUGCGGGAAAUCCUUCAGCCAGAAUUCUCAUCUAACAGUCCAUCAAAGAACCCACCAGGGAAUGAAGUUGUUUCAGUGUGCUAACUGUGAUGAAAAUUUCACUUCUCAGCUGAAGCUUCUCAAGCAUCAGAGAAUCCAUAUGAAAGAGAACCAAUUUCCAUGCCUGGAGUGUGGGAAAUCCUUUCUCACCAAGUCCCAGUUUGCGAUACAUCAGAGAUGCCACACUGGGGAGAGGCCAUAUAAAUGUUUGGAUUGUGGGAAGGGAUUCAGCCAGAGUUCAAACCUCAUUAGGCACCAGAAGAUUCACUCAGGGGACAAUCCUUUUAAAUGUUCAGACUGUGGGAAAAGCUUCUGUUCAUCUGAGAAUCUUAUUAAGCAUCAGAGAAUCCACUCAUAAAUGAAGGAGAUUCUGUUUGUGCUCACACACGUAAGGAAGGCUAUCGAAGUAUAAUGACUUCUUCAGCAAAUUACAUUUUACCAUGCAUAUGGAAAGGGGAAACUAUACAUGACGAAACAUCCCAAUGCUGCUUUGAGAGUUUCUGCCAUCACUUGAGAAUUAGCUACUCAUCAGAGAACCCAUGAAGGAGACAGUUGACAGAGAUGCUCCAACACAACAAAACCUCCUACAGGAGCACAGAACGAUCUCAUGAAAUAUUUCACAGUCAAAUCUUGAACCCACAGCACCUAGGACCUGAGAGGUGUCAGGGUGGUUCAGUUUGUAAAUCUUCACUCACCUCUGAUCAGGAGAGAAAACUAGAAGGAAAGCACUUAAACCAGCAUGGAUACCUCUUGAGAACAGGAUGCCAGAAACAAUUACAAGGAACUUCCUGGCCUCUAAAAAUUUUCCAGGUCACUCAGACACAGAGACACAAACACACUGUUCUCCUGGGGUCAGAACUGCCUUUGCUUGUGUGUUGUGCUCUUCUUUUGCCACCUUGACAAAAGGUAGUGUCCAAACUCCUACACAGGUGGGAAACCUGCAACUCUUUGUUGGACUGCAAUCCCUAGAAUCCCUCACCCGGCAUAGUGUUAAGGAGAUCCUGGGAGUUAAAGGCGUCUGUGAAUUGUAGUUUUUUUUAAAAAAAGGAAAAAACUUUUUCAGCUCUGGGAAACACAAGAACUUUGAGCCAUGAAAAUUGUCUCUCUAACCUAGGACUAGACUUAUGGUUCGUCAAUGUUUUGCUUUCUUAGGCAGAGAAAGGUCCUUCACAUCAUCUGCUGUCUGAUCCCCCUUUUUUGUACCUGGUACCUUUAGUGCAGAAAGCAUCUGUUGUACCAGUGAGUUCUGAAAUUUUCCAUGACAGCCAUGAAAACCUAUAACUUGCGUGCAAAAAAGAAAGAUUUAAUCAGAUUAUCCACCACUACCACCACCUCUGGAGACUCUACGCAGGAGAGAAGCCAUAUUAACACUUAGGCUGUGGCAAAAGCUCUAGUUUUAGUAACUAGGUGAGGACCUACACACCUAAGUGAAACCAUCCCAGUGUUGUCCUUUACCUAGAUGGGGAACCCUCGGUCCUCCACAGCCCUUUCAUGCUCCAUAACAAUACCACUGCAAUUCACUUUAACUGCCAUGGCUCUACUCUUUGGGAUCCUGGGACUGGUAGUUUCCGUGAGGUCUUCUGAAUUCUCAACCUGAGAGCGCUAGCAUUUCCCAGACCUAGAAAUCCCCAAAUUAUCAUUGCUGUUGCCAUGACAGUUAAAAUGGAAUCAUAGUAUUAUACCUGUGGAUCAUAAAAGGGACCCAGGUGUGUCCCCCCUCCAAGUGAAGGGUCUGUGGGAGUUACCAAGCAUUAAAGGAGGUUUGGGAGUUAUAUUCUGGUGGACUAUUAGAUGUCAUAAAUUCCACACCAGACACAAUUUGUAUGCAUCAUAAGGAACUGAACACUUUGUUUAAGAAGAGAGAUACAUUUUUUGUAUAAAUAUCAGUUGUCGGCUGUUAGCCUUUUGGAUGUUCUCUAACCAGCACAAGAUAAUAUUGGGGGUGAAAGUAGCUAAUAUUUUCAUGAUUUGGUGAUGAGGAAUAUUUUUUUUUAAUGAUACAUGCACAUUUGUAGUAGCUGAGAGGACUGUUCCCAGACAAAGCUCACAGAUGUGCUACUGGACUAGAGGAUAAAGACUAUAGGAUGGUUUAUUUCUCAGAUGGUGAAGCUAAUAGAGCUUCCUAUUUCUACAAUUGUUGAUGGCAAAUCCUUUCUUCUUUAGUCUUUAAUAACACAGUUUUUGGUGCCGGUACCCUCUAACGGUCCCGAUUUGGCAGGGAAAGUCCCAGUUAUUCAUCUGCCAUCCCACUAUUUCUAGCUGCUUUUAAAAUGUCCCAGUUUCUCUUUCUCCUUCCCCUUUGUCCUCAGAUUAUUUCAGUUCCUGGAAGUUGAGUUCAAGAUGCAAAAGUAAUUAGCACUCAUUUUUAGCUCAGCAUAAGGAAAAGGAGGGGAUCUGCUUGCCCAGUUGGCUCAGUCAAAAGCAAACAGCUGCAGCAUUUCCUAGCUUGUCUGGGUUUUCUCAUUAAUAACAUUUGCCUUGAUUUGGGUGUUAUGGUUGGUUACCUAGAUUGCAACCCAUUCGGUAUGCACCCCUGCAUGGAACAUAGUGCAUAGAUGAUGGAAGGGGGUCAAACAAUUGCAAAACUGGUUGAAGAAAAAAAUACAAGAAGACCGGGUAUAUAGGGAAACUAUUAUGGCUACUUCCAGGCCAAGAAUAUCAUCUCAGAUUGUAGCUUCACAGCUGACCCUUCCUUUUUUCCAUGUGAUACGCUGUCUGUUCCCAUAGAAUGGAUAUGGCGAAGGCUGGUGUUGCCUCUCUGAGAAAGCUUUCUGUACAGAGGUUCUUCUUCUUUUCUACACUUUGCAUUUUAAGUGUCAGAAUUUAUAUCCAGGUGGGGGGAACCCAAGAUUGUGGGGAGUCUAUGCUUUCCAAAUGUGACAAUACCAUCUGGAGUUGGGUGGAAUGACUAAUAGAUUGGAUUAUGUGCCUGGAUAUAAGGUCCGACUACCAAUGUGACAUGAAGGCCAUGGAUCCUGACUAAAGGUCAGCCCUUUAUCUCAAAAUGUGGAAGAGAUUGCCUUAACCUUGCUUGGGAGAUUCAUCACCAGAGGAUAGAAAGUGCCCGCUGUAUUACCAAGUACAGUGGCCUCUCCACAUUUGCUAGCAUUUGCUAGGGGUGCAAGAUCCCUGUGAAAGUGAUGCAAAUAAAGGCCACUAUUUUUUUAAUCAGAGAGAACAUCUCUCUAGGAAUCUCUAGGUCUUCCAGCGUGAUUCUCUGAAGGAUCUAAAGAUUCCUAGAGAAAACAUAUUAAUUAAAUAUGUGAAUAAUUAAACUCCCCAAAAAAGUUAAAGUGGUAAAUGUGGAGGACCAUGGAAGUAUCUCUGAGUGUGUAAAAAAUAAAAUGGAAGCAAAGGUCUGGACUCUCCUGCCCAUACAAUGGGACAUUUGUCCCACUGUGACUUGGCAGAAUCCAACACAGUUCUACAUAGAGUAGAACCACUGGAGUGAAUGGGACUUGUUCAUCACAACUGUAUCUGCACUGCAGUUUGGCAUCACUUUAACUGCUAUGGUUCAGUGCUAUGGAAUGCUGGACAAAAGUACAAAUCCCAGAAUGUCAUACCCUUGAGCCACGGCAGUUAAAGUGGUGUCACACUGCAUUAUUUCUACAUUAGGUGGGAAGAAGGUUAUAUUAGACCCUGUGGGACAGUAUUUCCCACGCAGAGUGUUAAAAUGGCUUAAUUACAGUUGGUUUAAUCUUGUUUAUUGAUAGCUUCAAGGGUGAGGGUGACAUUCAUGGAGAAAACUAUCAAAAGCUUUUCAAAGUACUAGGAGGAAGAGAUCAAAUUAGAAGAAUGACAUUGAUAAGACCAUAGUCUCAACAUCAGCAAAAGAAACAGAAUUCUAGAAUGGGAAAAAAUUUGACCAAGGUGUGGGUAAAAAUUGUGCAUCAUAUUUUAGGAGUACAUUUUAUUAUCAUAUGUAUUAAUUUGGAAGAAGCUUGUUACAAAGAGUUACAUCUAUGACUUAUCCUGUAAUGGGAAACAUACCAAAUCUGUUUGUGUGUGUGUGUGUUUAUCAUUAUGUUAGAAACAUAGCAUAGCAUAGACUCAGCUAUGGAAAUCUUUGUGUGAUUCCAUUCUAAGAAAGUACAGGAAAAAGUCAAAAGAACCAAGGAAAUCCUAUUUGGAAAAUAAAUAUUUCCCCUCAUUGAUCUGUUGUUGUUUUUCUACCUAGAUUUGCAAGGAAAUAUUUGGGGGGAAAUAAAAAUAGACUCUUUUACAUGUCAGGCAAUGUACUAUGUACAUAAUGAUACUCUCAGAAUGGAUGGAGAAACGCUGAGACUGUGCCAGUCUUUUAAAAAUAACUGGUUUAUGUCCAAGUGUAGAAAGUGUUGUUGUUGUUUUUUAAACUGAUGUAUUGAAUUUCAGAUGAACCUUACUUCUUGCCCUCCAGUGAAGAAAGGAGAAUGUACAGCUGGGGCUCUUUUUUUAUUCAACAUAUUGCCCGCAAGAAAAUCCACGCAAGUUAGAAGAGUUGAUACGAGUUUGCCAAAUGAAAACGAACUAGAGCGUCUUUUUUCAUUUCUUGCAAGAAAUGUAGUAGAUGUAUAGCUGUGUAAAAUAAAGAUAUGGGUUUUGCUGA